AUGGAAACUCUCGAUAAUAACGCGGGUACGUGGAAUUUAAAAACGGAAGUGACGUAUUUAAACAAAGAUUUAAAUUAUAAUUACGAAUGGACCAUUUCCGGUAGCAUAAAAUCAAAUUACGUUUUCGAUAAUCAAACGGCCGUUUUCGGGGGUCUCGUUAAAACCAAAAUAAAAAAUAAAGAGUGUAAAUUUACCGGGGAGGUAAACAUACAAAAUGCUAAUUUAUUAUGGAAUUUUAUGGGGACCGUUACUUCCCCAAUGGAUAAAGAAAUCACCCUACCGAGGGGUGCUUUUUCAAAUAUGUUCAUUAAAAAUAUCAUAUUUAAAGAUUCAAAUUUUUUCAACGAUUUUGAUAAAUACGUUUUCGAAGGUUUGAACGGUGUUAAAAGCAUAGCAUUUUUAAGUUGUAAAUUAGAAAUAAUGCCAAAAAUGGAUGAUUUCUUACAAAGUUUUAUUAAUUUACAAGAAAUUUAUUUCGAAGAUUGCACUACGCCAAAUCUUAAAUUCGGUUUUAAAGCCACGUUAAAAAACGUACGGUCUGCUAGUUUUAAAGGUACGGGUCCAUUAUAUUUCGACGAAUAUUCUUUUCAAUGGUUGUCAAAAUCGAAUGUGACGUUUUUAAAUUUAAAAAACAGUUACAUAAAAUUAUCACCUAAUGCAAAUUCCGUACUUACAGGAAUCAAUCAUUCAUUAUCCCAUUUAGACAUAUCUCAUUCGAAUUUAAAAAGUGAAAAUGAUUUAACGAUUCUAUUAAACGAUUUAAACAUAAAUUAUUUAGUGGCAGAAGAUUUAAAUUUAAAAAAAAUACCCACGGGAGCAUUGGGAAAAGUUAAAUACACUUUAAAAUAUCUUUCGUUGCGUGGUAGUAAUUUCGGUAAAAUAUUAGAAACCGACAUAUUCAGUCCGAUAUUUAAAUUUCCCCCCAUGUUUAAUUUAAUAGAAUUAAAUUUAAUGAAUUGCCAAAUAAAUUAUUUGGAAAGAGGUUCGUUCGAUUCGUUACCAAAUUUAAAAAAAUUAUAUUUGGGUAAUAAUAAUUUGGAAAAUUUACAAGAUGGUUGGUCCGUUUUAAAACCCCGGAUAACUCAUCUCGAUUUAAGCGGAAACGGUUUGACUUUGCAAAUCCCCUAUUUGAAAACAAUGGCGACGACAUUAAACCUGACAAAUUUCACGGAAUUGAAAUUUUUAAAUUUAUCAAACGGUAUUUUUUUAAAUACGAAAAACGUUAUAAAAAGCAUAGGGGAAAAUUUGGAACAUUUAUCGUUGAGAAAUGCGGAUUUGUUUAAAGUUCCACGUGACAUAUUUGAAAAAUUAAAUAAUUUACAAAUAUUAGAUUUGAGUUUUAAUAAAAAUAUAAAACCCUUGCAAACAUUAUCGAUUAAUUUAUUUAAUAAUAUGAAAAAUUUAAAAAAAUUAAUAUUGACCGGAUGUAGAAUAAAUAAUUUAUCGAAUCAAACAAUAUCCGGAAUAAAGAAAAAUCCGUUAUUUGAAAAUUUAACAGUUUUAGAUUUGAGUUAUAAUAAUGUUAAAUUAAUUGAAUCGUCAUUAUUGAAAUCCUUACCGAAAUUGGAAAUAUUGAAUCUCUCCGGAAAUGGUUUAACUUCGUGGAAAAAAAAUUUAUUUUCAAAUAAUCAACAUUUGAAAGAAUUAUUUUUAGAUGAGAAUAAAAUCGAUGUGAUUACGGAAGACAUGUUGGAAGAAUUGAAAAAAUUAAAAAUUAUAAAAAUGGGUAAUAAUCCAUACGUGUGCGGUCCUUACGUUUACGAUAUCGUUAAUAUGAUGUCGGAAAAAAAAACGUGUCGGGAAAGUUUUUACGCGAUGGAAAAUUCAAGUUUUUGCGACGAUGAAAAAUUAAAUAUUAUUGAUUGGUCGGAAAAUUCAUUCGUUUGUUUUUCACGAUCGAAAAAUAAAUUAAUACCAUUUACAAAAGUCAACGAAACGUUUCAAAAUAUUUUAGAAAAUGGGAAAAAAAAUGGAAAUUUAAAUUUAUUUACAAUUUUUUUUAUCGUCGGUUUAGUUAUCACUUUGGCAAUUGUUUUUUGGAAAAUUUCGGAUAUACAUUUGAUAGGAAAAGCAGUUAAAAAUGCAGUGGCAUUAUCGUUUUUAAGUCGUGGUAAUAACGAGAGCGACAACAUACGUAAUUACGAAUAUAACGUAUUCGUAUCGUACAGCGAUAAAGAUCGUACUUGGGUCAUUAAUAAUUUAAUACCACGUUUGGAAUCAAAUAGAGAUGUUAAAGUCUGCUUACACGAAAGAGAUUUUCAAGCAAAAAAUAUAAUUGCGAGCAUAGAUAGCAGCUGUAAUAUUGUUUUGGUUUUAUCGAAAUCAUUUCUUAAAAGUCAAUGGUGUCAAUAUGAGAUGCUUUUAGCACAACAUAGACUUUUGGAAACCGGAAGAGAUCAAUUAAUACUCGUCCUAUUGGAAAAUAUACCCGUCGUGAAAAGACCGAAAACUCUUCGUUAUUUAAUGAUGACGAAAACUUAUUUGGAAUGGCCUGUAAAACCUAAAAAUACGAAAGAAAUUGAUAUUUUUUGGAACAGAUUAUUGAAAUCCUUGAAAAUUUAA